AUGAAACUCUAUCAACAUUCUGCUCAUUGUCCAUCGGCACUACAAUGGUUUCUUGAUGAAAAUCCUGAAUAUUGGUCAUUUGUUCCACAGAAACUGACUGAAUCACAAGAACAAGACGAAGAAAAAUAUAUUUUAACACCCAUGAUGGGCACGAAUCAAUUCACCUAUGCCAAUGAUGUACCUGAGCCACCGAACAAUUAUCGAUUUAGUUUCGAACAGAAACUGGAAAUGGACCGUUUUUUUCAUGAAAAGAAAUAUUUAAAUUCACCAAAUCUUCAUCUUGAUCUAUAUCAAGCAAGUAUUGUAGCCGUAUUGCCCGAUAAUACAUCAGACGCUUUGAGACGAUUCGUGGAAGCUUUAUUUAUUACACAUGCUGAAACAAAACUCAAUACAAUCGGUCAUUUAGAUCAAUUAACUACAUCUAGAAACACUGAUCAAAUAGCUUCCAUCGAUUGUAAUGAAUGGUGUCGAGAUCUCAUUCGACGAUCAUAUACUAACAUAGAAUAG